UUUCCCUCCAAAUUUUCUCCUUAUAUAAAGUCCUAGCCUAAGCUCGCCAUUUCUCUCUCUUCAAGUCACAGAAGAAGAAAAAUAUUUUCUGAACUCUUUCUCCUCUCUCUCUCUUCGUUAGGUAUCUAGCUUUCAAAUUUGUUCGUCGUUUCAUGAAUUUUGCUUCUCGAAACGACAUUGAUCAAGUUUCGUUGAUUUUUAGUUACUGUUUCAUUGCUUCAGGAUUAGAACUUUGAUUUAUUUUCUUUCACUUUUGUCGUUGUUUUGCCCCUUUUUUAAAACUGAAACGACGUCAAAUUUUAUUCCCGAACUGCUGCUCUCUCUGCUCGUUGAAGACUGAGUUUGUUUCUUGAGUUCAUUGUAGUUGAUUGAUUACACAUUACAAAUGCAAAACGAAAGCAUUUCAAGUGUGGCCUAUGGCAACCUCGUUGCGGACGGAACGAAAUCGCAGGAGCGUCAAAACGGUGACGGAUUUACGUCUCUCUACUCUUCCUUCGUUUUGGCUCCAGAAACAACUACAAGCCUCUCUAUCUCACCUUACACGGAUCCGACCAUAAACGACUCGCUCUACUUCUCACGCCUGUUGAUGCAACAGCAGCAAACUCAACAUCAGGACAUGAUCAACCGCCAUAACCUCUGUCUCACGCGCCUCCGUGAGGCAGCCAGAGAAGCCGAGAACCUUCGCCAGGAGAACGCCUCGCUCCGCUCCGUCAAUCGCGAGCUCAACAAGCACUUAAGCUUACUGAUUAAGUCGACCGUGAGUGAUUUUAACAGUGAUGACAAUAAUGGAAAUAAUAGUAAUAGUAAUAACAAUAAUGCUGCGACGUCGUCUUUUGGGGUGGUGAAUGGGAUGCGUGGGCUAAGUAUUAGCGGCGGCGGAGGAGAGGAGGUUUGUGUUGAAAGUCCGACGAGUGUGAUAGAGAAUGUGGAUGUUAAGAGGGUUUCGUUGCCUAAGAGUAUUUCUGUGAGGUCUAAUGGUUACUUGAAGAUGGGUCAAGCUGCUGCUACCACUGUUCCACCUGCUGCUAAUCCCACUAAGACUCGCCCUCGGACUCCCCUUAAGCCUACGCAAAAGGUGUACGUGCGAGGAGGGAAGCAAGAGGAGGAACCACUUGAACUAGAAGUGUACAACCAAGGCAUGUUCAAGACAGAACUGUGCAACAAAUGGCAAGAGACAGGCACAUGCCCAUAUGGUGACCACUGCCAGUUUGCACACGGCAUUGAAGAGCUCCGCCCUGUUAUCCGCCACCCACGAUACAAGACUGAGGUCUGCCGCAUGGUCCUUGCAGGUGAUGUCUGUCCCUACGGCCACCGCUGCCACUUCCGCCAUGCACUCACUGACCAGGAGAGGUUCAUGGGCCACCUCAACUCCAGGUCUAUCAAGCUCAAUUGACAGGUAAAAACCGAUAAACAACCAAUUCUUGAACAAUUGUUGGAGAAUUGUAAAUGGGGUGAUGCAUGUUGAUGUUGAUUUUGAUGUGAAGAUGAUGAUGUUUAUAGUCAUAUUGAUAUGGAGUAGGAGGAAGAGGAGGAGAAAUGGUAAAUAAUAUUCUUACUGUAGAGAGUUAUAAGUAUAGCGGUGACCAUUACAUACAUAAUAUAAGAAUAACUAGCUAGCUCGUAAGUUGGACAGUCGGAUAUAAAACGCUUUGUGGCCCUAAAGCUACGAGAUAUGAAGAGGCUCUAUAGAGAGACUUGCUGCAUUUUUCCCUUUUUUGCGUUUUACUUUGAUGCUUUGUGAACUCAAACCGUGCAACCAAAUCGAAAUGCAUUGUAGUUGUACUGUUUUUAGAUUCUGGUGAAGUAAACUUUUGAUUGAUGGA